CACUAUAUCUUGAUUUGCUACAACUAAUUCAUCCAAUACCAAACCAUGUCCGGAUUCAAGAAAUUUACCGACUUUUUAUUUUCCAAAAAGUCAUUGAAAUAUAUGUGUACCACCCAUUUCUGGGGUCCAGUUUCCAAUUUUGGGAUCCCUAUUGCUGCCAUAUUAGAUUUAAAGAAGGAUCCAAAUUUGAUCAGUGGUCCAAUGACUGGAUCGUUGAUUCUUUAUAGUUUGGUGUUUAUGAGAUACUCUAUGGCUGUGACUCCUCAAAACUACUUGUUAUUUGGUUGUCAUUUCGUUAAUGAAUUGGCUCAAUUGGGUCAAGGGUUCAGAUGGGUUAAAUGUCAUUACGUCGAUGAACCAAAGCCUGCUGUUGUAGCUGCCAUUGAAGACAAAGUAAAUGAAGUGUCAAAGUAAAUAGGUGAUCGUUCAUAGAAAAGGAAGAAGGAAUUAACGGGUUAGUGCUAGAUAUAUUUGCAUCAAAAGUGUCAUGUUGUAUUAUAGUUGUCUAGUUUAAUCAAUUAUAGAGUGUUAUUUUAAA